CCACCCGAUUGGCCGCACAUGACAACUGUCAGAUAGACCCAGUGUUUUCAGGCACGGUGGAAAUUCAGUAAAAAAAGUGCAUACCGUUUAUAGUGCAGUGUACCGCAGUGACGUGACUGAUUUUUGUUUGUGGCAACAUUACGUGUGUUUCGUCGCGUGAUCGCGGCUCGGGCAUGUCCCUCUCCGUAGCAUGAGCGGUGCGCGCCCGCACGAGACUCGCGACGCGCCGCGCCAUCGCUCGCAACCUCACCCCCAGGGUGGUGAGAGGCGCGGGCGCGGCAAGCGGCCCUCCGGCAGCUCGGCGUCCUCCCUCGGCCGCGGGGCACUCUCCGACCCGGACCUCCAGAGCCGACUGCAGCCCAACCUCACAGCCUUCUGGGAGUCCUCGCCCACAUUGACGCUUAUAUCUUCGAAGGGCUCGGCGGAUUCAAACUACUCGCAACCGUCCUCGGAGCUGUCGUUGGACGAAGACAAGGAAAGUCAGAGACGGGAGAAGGAGGCGCAAGCCCUGCUACAGUUGGAUAAAGCGAGGUCGAAACCGGUGGCGUUCGCCGUGCGGACGAACGUGGCCUACGAUGGCAAGCUGGACGAUGACUCGCCGGUGCACGGCAGCGCCAUUUCCUUCGAAGUGCGGGACUUUCUACACAUCAAGGAGAAGUACGACAACAACUGGUGGAUCGGGCGGCUCGUGAGGGAGGACGCGGACGUCGGGUUCAUCCCGUCGCCCGUGAAGCUGGAGGCGGUGCGCGCGGGGCUGGCGGCGCGCGGGGCGGGCGGGCGCUACCCGCGGCCCCCCUCGGGGCUGCAGCACCCGCUCCCCAGCCGAGGUAGCACCCCCCCCACGCCCGGCGAGGAGUCGGACACUGCGGGGCGCGGGCGCGGGGCGGGGGCGCUGCCCGCGGGAAAGGAGAAGCGGAAGCCGUUCUUCAAGAAGCAGGAGGCGUGCACGCCAUACGACGUGGUGCCGUCCAUGCGGCCGGUGGUGCUCGUGGGGCCCUCGCUCAAGGGCUACGAGGUGACGGACAUGAUGCAGAAGGCGCUCUUCGACUUUCUGAAGCGACGGUUUGAGGGCAGGAUAAUAAUAACCCGCGUGAUGGCGGACAUAUCGCUCGCCAAGCGGUCGCUCCUCAACAACCCAUCCAAACGGGCGAUCAUGGAGCGAUCGAACUCACGAUCCACGUGUCUCGCAGAAGUGCAGACGGAAAUAGAGCGGAUAUUCGACCUGGCGCGUACACUGCAGCUGGUGGUGCUGGACUGCGACACCAUCAACCACCCCUCGCAACUCGCCAAGACCUCCCUCGCGCCCACUAUCGUGUACCUGAAGAUAUCUAGUCCGAAGGUGCUCCAGCGGCUAAUAAAGUCCCGCGGCAAGGGGCAGAGCAAGAACCUGUCGGUGCAGAUGGUGGCCGCGGAGAAGCUGGCGCAGUGCCCGCCCGAGAUGUUCGACCUCACGCUCGAUGACAACCAGCUGGAGGACGCUUGUGAGAAGAUCGCCGAGUAUUUAGAGAAGUACUGGCGCGCGACGCACCCGCCGGCGGCCGCGGCCACGGCGCGCGCGCCCGCGCUGCACCCCGCGCACCCCGCGCACCCCGCACACGCCGCGCACCCCGCGCACCCCGCGCACCCCGCCGCGCACGCGCAACCUGAACCCCCUGCUCACUCGGGAGGACACCGGGAGAGGUCCGACUCCUACAAUUACGAGAGGGAGAGAGGCGGCAGGUCGCGCGCGGCGCGGCCGGAGCGGCUCGAGGAGGAGUACUACCCGCGGGAGCAGUACCACCGGUACCCGCGCGACUACCCGCGGGACUACCACGAGGGGUACGCCACCGACAUUCGCCGUUCACCGAGCUGUCCGAUCAAUUUUACGUCGAUACUCUAA